ACAUGUCUGGCACUGCGCCGGCAACCCCUUUGGCCUCAGCGGCACCUUCGUUUCGACGCUACCCGGCCACUGCCCCAUCUACCCGUGUGACCUCUGAUUCAUCCGGGGGGUUGGUGAUUCCGGAGGACAAAGUGGUGGUGUGGGAUGACACGAUGAAGCAAAUGGUGGUGAAGAACCGGGACGAAGUCAAACUCACGACGUGGAAAUCUCGGAUCAGGAACGCGGCCUGGCAGUUUUGGGCUGGGGGGCCUCCUCUGGGGGCUUAAAAAAAACAACAGUCCACUAUUCUCCGCGGCGUCGGAAGCCUAACGCGAACGUUUAGGCUCGACAGACGCCGUGCCUGAGAAGCAUGUUAAAAGGGGGUACGGAAUACGCAUAUGUUUGCUGUAAGGCACAGGGGGCGGGUCGAUCCCCGCUGCGCCGUGGCGCGGGUGCCGUGAUGACUUGGUGGAAAAAGGCACGAAAUGUGAUAGAAUUGAAGCGGCAAAGAACCACUCGCACCCCCCCAGCAACUGAUAUAUACCGGCUGCAAACUCCGUAGAAGCGUGUCUAGUAUCCAUACCAUUUUAUGCCAUUUGAGCGGAUGUUCAAUGGUAUGGUCUUGCAGGUCGGAUGUUAGACUUUGUUCAGUUCAUGUUGUAUAGCCAUUGCUUGCCGAGCGGGGGCGACGAGCUACGUUUGUUGAUACGUCUCGUUUGCCCCAUGUGUUGCCAGCGACGGCUGCUUGUCGUCUGGCUGGGGCUCUCUGUUGUUGUUGUUGUUGUUGUUGUUGUUGUUGUUGUUGUUGUUGUUGUUUUGCUAUGUUGAUUGUUUUUUCGAAGUGUAUACUGGUAGUUUGGGUAGUUGGCCUGUGACCACGGAAAGGCAUCCGCGUCAGGGGGGCCGGUACGGAUGUUAAAAGGUACUGAGCAGUACUCAGAACGGCGUUCAUGUAAACAUUAACGGAUCAUACCGUAACUGCACAACAACAAAACAUUGUUGUUGUUGACGACAUGAGCAGAAAACAGAGAGUGUGAAGAGCUCCGUGGGUCACCCUUCCAGGUUUCUUUUUUUCGGUUGACGGCCAAACCGUGAAGAACCUGGGAACCGUUUGGCCAGACGAAAACCGGUGCAGAAUCGUUCUGGAAACCGCAGUGUUCUGGUGGGUUUUCUUCAGAAUGUCUUUUGAGAUUCUUUCUUGAAGGGUAUAUUCGAGUUUGAGGGAGCUUCUCUUUGUGCGGAUGGAGCCGUUUUCCAGGUUGGUUCGUCUCUCGGUUUGCGUUGUAACUUGCUAUUUCGUUGGUGAUUCCUGAUUCCACGUGCCAGAAGUGUGCACCCUUUUUUGGGUUGUUCAAGCGUGUACCCUUUUUGGGUGUGUGCCUUUUUUGGGUAGCUGGAGUGUGUACCCUUUUUUCGGAAGUUGAAGUGUAUACCCUUUUUGGGGUUGUUGAAGUGUGUACCCUUUUUGGGGUUGUUGAAGUGUGUGUCUUUUUGGGGUAGCUGGAGUGUGUACCCUUUUUUCGGAAGUUGAAGUGUGUGCCCUUUUUGCGGUAGUUGGGUGUGUGACCACGGACUGCGUCCGCGUCGUUGGGUCGGAAGGGAUGUGUGGAGGGACUGAGCAGAGACCGGAACGGUUUGUUAAUGUUUGGACAAACAACAUU